AUCGAGUCGUUUCUUAUGAUAUCGAGAGAAGAUUUUUAUGAAUUGAAACAAAAAAUGGAGUUAUUUCUCGAGGAUCUAAAGCUUCAAGUCCAGUGUUCUCUGUGCAAAGAGACAAUGGUUGAACCCAAGUUAUUACAAUGCUUUCAUACAUUCUGUAAGACUUGUAUCAAGACAAAUGCACAACUUGAUGGUCAAGUCAACAUCUUCAAGUGUCCUCAGUGUGACUCAUUAACCGAGCUCAAAGAACUCAACGACGUGGAAGACUUAGAGAUGAGUCCAAUACACUCAAAAAUCGUUCACGUCUUGUCAUUUGUUGAGAACCAGAAGGUUUGCUCAGUUUCUGCCAGCCAUAGUGAUGCAUUGUGGCAAUGUCUUGACUGUGAUCGGUCGCUGUGUGACGAAUGUCUAAACAGUCAUUCUAUAUUCACUAAAGAUCACAAAGUUGUUGCAUUGUCUGAGAUGACAAAUGAAGACAUCAAGGCUAUGCUUAACAAAGAAAGUCCUUGCAAAACACACGCCAACCAAGAUGUUGAAUGGCACUGUCGAGACUGCGACGAGCUGAUCUGUGUGGUUUGCUUGAGAGAUCACCAUCACAAUGACCACAAGAUAACAUCACUACAGGAGUUCAUCACUGCCAAUAAAGAUGUUCUGUCUAAAAAUCUCCAAGAAAUCGAAAAAAUGGAUAUUGACGAGAAAGAAAAGAAACAACAAGAACAAAUUGCACUCGACAUAAAACGUGACGGAGAAAAAGCUCAAGAACAAGUUAAGAAACUAACCAAAAAUCUUGUGAAAAAAAUUAUUGAUAACGAGCAAAAACUUUUGAAUGAAAUCCAGAAGAGCGUAACGAAGGCAGACAGAAAUUUACGCAUAAUACGUCACACUCCAGCAGCACAAGAGUACAUCAAAUACUUUAUACAAAAUGGAACAGCAAGUGMAAUCAUUGACCUCCGAUCAGACGAAGACUCGAAAACGUUCACCUACGACGCAUUUGAAAACGACUUUGGCGGGAUGAAAUUUCAACCUAAUGAACAACUUCGCAAACAAAUGGAUAUUGGUGUAGGACUGCUGCAAUCAUUCAAAAGAGCCGACGCAAACAACAGCUCGGUUGAACCAAACUCCCUGAAAGUGGGAAGAACAUUUGAAGCUAUGGGAAAAGGCAGUUUAAAAGUGACACUUAGAACUUAUAAAGGUGAACUUUGUGACCCGCCACUGGAUGACGACGUUACAGUACACAUCACUCCUGAAGAUGACGUGACAAUUGGAGAGAAAGAAGUGACUGCUGACGGCAAGAUCAAAGUAAUCUUUACUCCUCGUGUUCCUGGUCAGUUGACAGCAGAGGUUCAAGUACAUGGAAAUCCUGUAUCCAACAGUCCACUAGUGAUGGAUGUCAAACCACAACACCUCAAGGAAAUGACCACAAAUUCAAAGCUAAACAACGCCUUAAAUACUGGUUCAAUGACAUUUAGAGGUAUUGCAGUGAAUAGGUCGAACACUAAAAUUGCUGUAGCAGACUCGAAGCAAAACUGUGUCAGAGUGUUCAACAUGGAGGGGGAUUUGCUACUGUCAUAUGGUAGUGAAGGCAGUGGACAGUUAAACAAUCCACAAGGUUUAUCAUUUCUCGAUGAAACAGAUUUAGUCAUAGCUGAUUGCAAUAAUCAUAAAAUAUGCAUAGUGGAUACAACCUCUGGUAGGCUUGUUAAAACCUUUGGUUGUCAAGGCAACAUGAAUGGACAGUUCAACCGCCCACAUAGAGUACAUGUUGAUGAUGAUUCUAACAUCAUUGUGUGUGAUCGUGGUAAUCAUCGUGUACAAGUGUUCACAAAGAAUGGUGAUUAUCUAUAUCAGUUUACAAUACCAGGAGAAAAGAAGCCAUAUGAUGUAGUUAAACACAAUGGACUGUUCUACGUCAGUGCUGGAUCAGUGGUACAUGUGAUUGAGAUGAAAGACAACCAGUCACAAACUACAGUAAACACUAUUGAUGGGGUGGACUACACAGAUGGUCGGCUACAAUAUCCUUGGGGUCUGGCUAUUGACAGUGACGACGAUCUUCUGGUUUGUGAUCAUGAUUCAAACGAAGUCUACAAGUUUACAUUGGAUGGUCGUUUUGUAGGAAAGACAAGUAAACUAGAUUACAAAACUAACUUUGUAGCUGCAUUGAAUGAUUAUCUGAUUUGUACCUGUGAAAUGAUGACUAUGGGUUAUGGUGUACGUUUGUUUAGGUAGUUACUUUUCACGAGUCCCUUUUACAGGUUUACCAUUUACUACCGCACAUUAUUUUGCAACAAUUUCUUGUAUCAGAGCAGAUUUCGUAUGAGUGGGAAACGGACGGUACUGUACUGUGUCUGUAAUCGUACUGUA